AUGUCAAAAAUGCUAAAAUUAAUCACAAUAUUCCUCACAAUCACAACAAUUUCUGCUCAAGUUCCAGUCAAAGAUGGCUGGCGGACAGUCUCAUCUCCAUGGGAUGCAGCUAGAUUCCGUGAAGUCAUGACUCGAGUCCUUCCAAAAGCCUACACAAAUCCAGCAAUUAGAUCAGGAAGAAUUGCAGGCGGUGAGCUUGCAUACCUCGGUCAAUUUCCUUACUACGCAUUUUUAUACAACGUUGAUAGCUACGGCGACACUUAUGUCUGUGGAGCGUCAAUAAUAUCACACAAUUGGCUACUUACGGCUGGACAUUGUUUGGAUGAAAUUGUCAGGACAUCAGUUUAUGUUGGAAUGAUUGAUAGAGUCAAUGGACCUGCUAUAUGGACACUUGAUGUCACACCAGCCAAUUUUAUCAUUCAUGAAGAUUAUUUUGGAAUUAUUAAUGACAUUGCAUUAGUUCGACUUGUAAGAGCAAUUCCACUAAGUCCGUACGUCACUAAUGUUGCAUUGCCAAGAAGAAGUGACUCAUCAGUUGUUUUGGAAGGAAAAAUCGGAACCGUUUGUGGAUUUGGAAAGAUUGAUGAUGUCAAAUCACAGCCAUCACAGUUUUUAAGGUUCAUCAAUCAAGACAUUGUUGCAAAUUCAGUUUGUGCAAAGCUUUAUGGAAGUGUGAAUGUGAAAAGUACGAACUUGUGCAUGAAUGGAACUGGAGGAAGGUCAACAUGCUCUGGAGAUUCAGGUGGUCCACUAGUCACUGAAAUCACAGCUGGUCAAAAGACACUGGUUGGUGUUGUGUCAUUUGGAGCUGAGCUGGGCUGCACAUUGGGAUAUCCACUAGUAUUUACAAGAGUGACAAGCUAUCUUGAUUGGAUUGAAGCUAAUACUGGAAUUGUUAUUUAUAGUUAA